AUAAAAAAAACCCAAAACCCCAAAAGCGUAAUUGGGUUUCGACUCCGUACAGAAAUCAUCGUCGAUUUGUGCGGAACUCUCUGGUGACAGAUUAUUGCUGUUUCUGGAAGAAUCGAGAAGAUGCAAACUGCUGCUGUGAUUUUCUCUAGACCUCAACAAACGCUUGAUAACUCGUCAUCUUUACCAUCUUCAACUUCAUAUUCCACCAUCAAUCCAUUCCUUAAGAUUACUUCUGGAUUCUUGGGUACUCGAAUUUCUCAUGCCACAAGGGGUUCAGGUUCCUCUAAAAUUCGAUUUCCACGCCGGGAAGUUGUAAAAGCUGUUACAACUCCAGAGUCGGUUGUGGAAUUGCCUCUUACUGCAGAAAACAUUGAGAUGGUACUGGACGAAAUUAGACCUUAUCUCAUUGCGGAUGGUGGCAAUGUGGCAUUACACGAAAUUGAUGGAAAUGUUGUACGCUUAAAGCUACAAGGAGCUUGUGGUUCAUGUCCAAGUUCUGUAACAACCAUGAAAAUGGGCAUAGAACGCCGUCUGAUGGAGAAGAUUCCUGAAAUUGUUGCUGUUGAACCAAUACCAGAUGAAGAAACUGGCCUUGAGCUGAAUGAAGAAAACAUAGAGAAGGUUCUUGAAGAAAUACGGCCGUAUCUUGUUGGGGCAGCAGGUGGAUCUGUGGAACUUGUGUCCAUAGAAGAGCCAAUAGUAAAAGUACGCUUAACAGGUCCUGCAGCAAGCGUGAUGACUGUUAGAGUAGCUGUGACUCAGAAAUUACGCGAAAAAAUCCCCGCCAUUGCAGCAGUUCAACUUUUACAAUAGAUGUCCACCUGCAUUCCUAUCUUUAAAACCAUAAGAAAACGUAUAUAGCAAUGAACGAAGGUGACAUGAGGGGGAGACACUUAUUGCAGCACAAUGCAGUUGCCAUCAUCCAAUGAACCCUGUACAGUUUGAUUUUUCUCCAGGUUUGUCACUGUAAUUAACAUGUUUGUUGAGAAAAGUAUAAUAAUGGAUUCCUUCCAGCCCUGGUGUUUUUGACAAGUUUGUGUAUCUGGUGUUUUUAUAGCAAAAUGGUUGUAUGGUAGUCUAUGAUUCUUGC